AUGCUAGCAGCAAAGGCACUCAGAUGUGCGGCGCGCGCGAGCCGCGCGACCCCCAUGAAGGGCUGCGCUGUGGGGAAGCGAAUGGCUUCUGGCUACACUAAGUUCGACUGGGAGGACCCGGUCAGCUUGGAGUCGCUGCUCAUGGAGGAGGAAAUCGCUAUCCGAGACACUGCUCGCACCUUCUGUCAAGAAUAUCUCGCGCCUCGAGUACUUGACGCACAGAGGACAGAAAAUUUCAACCACGAUAUGCUUCCCGCAAUGGGGGAGCUCGGCUUGCUUGGGCCGACAAUUCAGGGUUACGACUGUGCGGGUGUGAGCAGCGUGGCAUAUGGGCUGAUCGCGCGCGAGGUUGAACGUGUUGACUCCGGGUACCGCUCAAUCAUGUCCGUUCAGUCGUCGCUAGUCAUGCAUCCCAUCCACGCCUACGGUACGAAGGAGCAGAAAGAGAAGUACCUCCCCGCGCUGGCUAAGGGCAAGCUCGUUGGUUGCUUCGGGCUCACGGAGCCCAACCACGGUUCCGACCCCGCCGGCAUGGAGACCACCGCGACGGAAGUCGACGGCGGCUACGUCCUCAACGGCUCCAAGACCUGGAUCUCAAACGCGCCUGUCGCUGACGUCUUUAUCAUCUGGGCGCGCUGCAAGUGGGACAGCAAGAUUCGCGGGUUCAUCCUCGAAAAGGGCAUGCCCGGCCUCACCGCACCCCCCAUCAAGCAUAAACUCGCGCUCCGCUGCUCGGUCACGGGCUCGAUCUUCAUGGACGGAGUCAAGGCGCCGAAGGAGGCGAUGCUACCCCACGGAGAAGGCCUCGGCGCGCCGUUUGGCUGCCUGAACAGCGCGCGGUUCGGGAUCGCCUGGGGGUCCAUGGGUGCGCUCGAGGACUGCGUGCACCGCACGCGCGAGUACGCGCUCGAGCGGAUGCAGUUCAAGAGGCCGCUCGCGUCGUUCCAGCUUGUGCAGAAGAAGCUUGCGGACGCGCAGACUGAGGUCGCGCUUGGCCUCCUUGCGAGCUGGCAGGUCGGAAAGCUGAAGGAUGAGGGCAAGGUUGCGCCUGAGAUGAUCUCUCUCAUUAAGCGUAACAACUGUGGGAAGGCCCUGGAGCACUCCCGCAGGGUCCUCGACAUUCUUGGCGGCAACGCCUGCGCGGACGAGUACCACGUUGGGCGGCAUGUUGCGAACCUCCAAGUGGUCAACACCUACGAGGGAACAUACGACAUUCAUACCCUUAUCCUCGGCAAAGCCAUCACCGGCAUCCAGGCGUUCGUGAACUGA